UUUACGUCAAGGGUUAAAGUUGACGUUGGCCAUGUGUGCAUGUUACCGCAUUUGUAACUAUGCUAUUAAACAGCCGAACUCAGCUAUAGACACCUCUUUAUUUGUUGUAGAGGACAGUAAUUAAAUUUUUAGAGUGGUUUGGCGUGUCUAAUUGGUUCACUGGUUUGUCUGUAGAGUGGUUGAAGUUUGUUCGAAGUGAAUCAUCUGUUGUAUCAUAAAGCGCCGGCUUCCUCAUUUCUGCUCAUAAAACCACUUUGCAUCCUUCAGCUGCAAAUCUUCUCAGGAUGUCGUAGUUUGAUAUGCUUAAAAUCAGACCGCUUCUGAGUGCCUUAGUUACCUGCAGACUAGCGAGAAACGGUGGCCUUUACACAUUUUGUAACAAUAUGAGUGAAGUAUCCAAAGAUGGUCAAACAGCCAAGGUGCUGAAGAGAGCCAAUGAGGAGAAUGAAGAGUCUGCUGAGGUUCAAGCCACAAAACGAAAAAAGUCUGAGGAGGAUAAUGCAGAAGAUGAAAAGAAAUAUCCAAAAAAGAAAGUGGUGCUCCUUAUUGCAUACUCUGGAAAGGGAUACUAUGGUAUGCAGAGAAACCCUGGAACCUCUCAGUUUAGGACCAUUGAAGAUGAUCUGGUCACAGCCCUUAUUAAAUCUGGUUGCAUUCCUCAAGCCCAUGGUGAUGAAAUGAAGAAGAUGUCCUUUCAAAGAUGUGCCAGAACAGAUAAGGGUGUGUCUGCUGCAGGACAAGUGGUGUCUUUAAAACUUCGGCUACUUGAUGAUGUCAUUGCGAAAAUUAAUGAACAUCUGCCACCACAAAUCAGAGUGCUCGGUCUUAAACGGGUGACUCAGGGUUUCAAUUCCAAAAACAACUGUGAUGCUCGUACAUAUUCCUACAUGCUUCCAACAGUGGCUUUUUCCCUCAAAGACUAUGAUCCUGCAAAUACAGCUGCCUUUCGCCUGGACAAAGAGACGCUUCAGAAUGUGAACCGUCUAUUUGCUCUUUACAAAGGCACCCAUAACUUCCACAACUUCACUUCUCAGAAGGCACCAGAUGACCCCAGUGCUCGUCGCUACAUCACAGAGAUGUCUUGUGGUGAGCCUUUUAUUCGCAGCAAUACUGAGUUUGCGGUGAUCACUGUGCGAGGUCAGAGCUUCAUGAUGCACCAGAUACGUAAGAUGAUAGGCCUGGUGAUUGCUGUGAUCAAGGGCUACGCAAAGGAGGAUGUGAUGGAGCGAAGUUGGAGGCAUGAAAAGGUAGAUGUGCCAAAAGCUCCAGGACUUGGACUGGUUCUGGAAAAGGUUCACUUUGACAGGUACAACAAGCGCUUCGGAGGCGAUGGGCUGCAUGAGCGCCUGGAAUGGGACCACGAGGAAGAGGCCAUUAAAGCCUUUAAAGAGGCUCACAUCUACCCCACCAUAGUUGAGACAGAGUGUCAGGAGGGCUCCAUGGUCAGCUGGAUGUCCACACUGCCUAUCCACGACUUUGAAGCCACAGCUACAGAGUCACAGGAAAACAAGGACCAUAAACAGGACAGUGCAGAUGUUGGAAAUGAUUCUGAUUAGGACUGCUGAAAGAAGAUGCAUUUCUUGCCAAAUAAAUGGUUUUGUCUUUUUUUUUUUUUCUUUUUUUUUUAGAACUGAGGUUUUUUUUUAGGUCUGAAAGUACUUUUUCCAAGAUUGAUAUUUACAGUGACAUUUAAUUCUUUCCAAAUUUUUCUUGUACAAAUGUAAUUGGAUCUAAACAUCAAGAAUAAUAAACUUAAGUUCUCUAUUGGACCCA